AUGACGAACAAGCGUAACCCUCUGCAAGAUCAACCGACGGCGUCCUCAAGCGACGACGACGAGACUGAGUCUGAAGAAGCUUCUUCAUCGGACGACGAAGAAACCAAAGAUCCCGCCGCCAAACCUCCUUCCUCCGCCGUCACAAUCGCUGUCCCUGGAAAACCCACAGUCUCCGCCGCCGCCGCCGCUUCGGAAUCUUCCGAUUCCGAAUCUGGAUCGGAAAGCGAGACUGACUCCGACUCCGAAUCGAAUCUUCCUCCGACUCAAGCAUCUGUAAAACCCCUCGCCGUAACCACCGUGCCCUCCGCCGCGAAGCCCAAGAAGAAGGAAACCGAAGCCUCUGCCGCUCUACCUCUCCCGGCGGCGAAAUCAGGAGCCAAGCGUCCUAGCGAAGGGACUUCGAGAGAAGCCAAUUCCAAGCGUGCGAAGAAACCCACUUCUGGAGAAGAGGAGAAGAAGAUUGGGGAAGACUCUUUGAAGAAGCCUGAAAAGAGAGUAUGGACUGAAGACGACGAGAUCACAAUCCUUCAAGGGAUGAUCGAUUUCCAAGCUGAUGAAGGAAAGUCUCCAUAUGAAGACACGGCUGCUUACUACAAUCUCACCAAAGGGUCCAUCAGCGUUGAGGUGAGUAAAAGUCAGUUCAUGGAUAAGAUUAGGAGCUUGAGGAAGAAGUAUAUGAACAAGGAGAAUCCUUCUUUCACUAAGCCUCAUGAUCUGACAUGUUACAAGCUGAGCCAACACAUUUGGGGAUCUGAUGGAUUAGCUCUUCAAUCCGCUGUGAAAUCAAAGACCAAAAAAUCAAAGAAGAGUGGCCAGAAGGUGAAGAAGCUCGACUCUGUGAAGCCUAAUGGUAAACCGAAAGCUGUGGAAGAUGAUGAUAGUGUUGCUGUGAAGAAGGCUGACUGGUUCGAGAAGUCUGGAGCAUUGCUGGUAAUGGUGUUGGUGAGCGUUAUGUGA